AAAAAAAACCCUUGGAAUUGUUUAAAUAGGGAAGAAUUCGUAUCUUUACAUUAAGGCUUCCUAUUGGAGGUAUCUCUUCAUUUAUUCAGAUUUUCUUUGUCUCAGUAAAAUUGUCAUUUUUCUCAUUUAGAUGCUAUAUGCUGUUAAUCACUGCAACAGUGGUUGCAGUGUAAAUUUGGAAAAUCCUUCAGGAAAGUGAAUUAGCAAAAGUUAUGGAAGUGUUUAUACUUUUGACUCAGUUACCCCAUUCCUAAACAGUACCUGUGGGUUAAGGUGGACAAAACCCUUUCCCGUGAGUGAGAAUUUGCCCUUUGUUUAACUUUCUAGCUGUUUCCCUGGGAACCCCACUAAAGGCAGCGCGGUUUGUGAUAAAAUGUCUCCUGGUUGGUGAUUGCAUCUGACAGAUGGGGAGUGGCUGUGAGUACCUGAUCGGCCCCAGGCCCACUGGAGCACAGUGGCUCUCGCGCUGGACGUGUCCCUCGUGGGGAGCCCCCCAGGAAUGAGGGCUCAGAGUCAGAGUGGUGAGUCCAGGCCGCCUCCCUAUGCCUGAGUUGUCUGCGGUGUGGGCUGUCGCGAGGACAGCCAGCGAUCCGUGUUCCUCAGGGCCGGCGUGGCCUGUGAUAGUCACGUGAGUUUGAGCCUAAGAGACCUCCCCAGGGGCAUUGCUGCGGCCCAGGAAAAUGACCCCACAAAUGGAAGUUCAGAGCUGUUUCUUAUGGCGUUGUUUUUCCCAGAUUUUUGAUAUAUUAAACAAAAGGUAGGAAUGGCUUUUUAAAUGCUUAAUUCACUCAAAGAAAUAUUAGACACUGAGACUCAUGGAAGCAAGUACUGGAAAACAAGGCUAAAUAGUAACAUGGGAGAGACAGAAUACCGGGUUGUGUGUGGGGCUGGGUGAGCUCUGAUGGGGACUUGGGACUUCCUGGCUGUGCCCUCCGCCGUGUUCUGGGGGUUCUGUGACUGGGUGUGCAGGUGAGGAAAGACGCACAGGCGUCGUGCUCUGCUGCCCAGGAGGGUCAAGGUGGCCGCACGGGCCCACCUGCCACCGCUGUGAGCAGAAGCCUGAGAGGACACAAACGUGAGGUCUGUCGUGUGGGAACAGGAUGGGUGAAGUGUGUUUCUUACUUCCUUCUAAUAUUAUGAAAUAAUACUGGAUGCACCGUGAGCCUUACUAAACCAGGUCGUGGAAAUCCCUUUUCCCAUUCUCAAAAUCAGUGACUUAAACAUUCUUUAAGAAUUUCUUUGCAAAGCUCACCUUCUUUUCAUACCUUUCCUUAAUUUGCCCUUUGGAUUUGAAACUUGUCCCAACUGUCAUAAUCUGAUCUCUAGCCCAAAAUAUGGUACCAGACCUUGGGGUGAGACUCUUAGGUUAAGCUUUGGUCAGGGUAGUCCCCAGGGAGGAAGGUAGGGCUGUGGGUCUCGUGGGUGAUCAUGGGUGAUUGGGGGCGUGUACCUCUAACUGCAGAGAGAAAAAACCAACACCAACCCUAGAUCUGAUGGAUGACUACAGGAAACAGGCAGAACUCGGGCUUGUCUUAUGCCGCCCCCAGCUAGCACUGGUGGGCGCCUCAUAGACAGAAGCUAUGUCUGUGUCUCCAGAGACUGCACAGACACGAGGCUUUGGGCUGAGACAGCUUGCCCCAGGCUAGGUCGUGGUGCCUGCUAACUGCCUCUGCUUUGACUCCCGUCCCCACACCAUUUCUGAAGCUGUGGAAGACACCACUUUCAGGUGCGUAGGGCUCGCCACCUAAUCCUGCCCUGUGGGCACUAGCUCGUUCUGAUACUUUCCUUCAGUUUCCUUGUGAUGCCACCAGCUGAAAGGGAACAGUUGACAGCCAGGCAUCUGGAAGCCGAGGCGUGGAGCUGAGUUACCGCCUGGGCUCUGCGACUUACUGCUUCUCUCGCCUGGGCCUGCGACUUACUGCUUCUCUUGCUGCCUUCUGGACUCUGUUCUGCUGUUUAUUCAUCUCGGUAUUUGGCACACAUGAAAAUCAUAGCACCAACAUUUACUAACCACUUACUAUAUCCUAGUCAGUGUCCUGAGCAUUUUUCUCAUCCAGGCCUCACAUCACCCAUGGGAUGUAUGCCAACAGGUUAAAUGACUUGCCCCGGGUUACACAGCUGGAAAGUGGCAACGCCAGAGGAGCAUGGGAUCGGGAUUUGCAUGCUUAAGUCACCCCCACCGUAGGUAGGCAGUGCGGUCAUCCUCACCUUCAGGAAGCCAGGUGGAUAAAGGUGAAACUAAAGGUAGCUUUUUUCAGACCCAGUCUUGACUGUCUUGUCUUCCCAAACUAUGGAAAAAUAACAGGCUUUAUUUAACCCACAUCCUUACCUACUUUGCUUAAGUAUAAACGCUUAAUUUCCCCCAGCUCCAGUGAAGGUAGGAGUCGGAUAUUGCCCCGUGACUGUUAGUGGUAGUCUCCUGCCGUGGCUGUUUCAGCGUCUCCCGAGGACAAUGGCCAAGGCUAGAGGUUCUCAGAAGGCAUGGGUGUCAUUUCUGAGGCUCACGUGCAAUCAUAAAUUCCUGAUUCUAGAGGCGGUUGCAGCUCUCCUGGGGAUCAGCUGCCUGAGGAGUGCUCCUCUGGUAGUUUCAGUUAAGUCACGGACAUCGGGGGCCAGAAUUUAGGACUCCUGCUUUCUUGAAAGUUGUUCAUCUUCUGAAAGUUACUGGGUCAGGCCCUGAGGACUGAGGGGCAAUUAAGACAGGAGGUCGGUCUCAAUAAGUAAAUUGACCACGCGGUCACGUGGUGGCAGAGAGUUGAGCACAGAUCGUAUUGUCUGGUCGAGGCUGUGGAAGGCUACCCGAAAGGCUUUCUGGGGAAAGGUGGUCUCAAGAGCUGCGAAGUCAAAUAUUAAUUUGUGCACUAACCCGAUAUUUGAUAAUUCUCUACUUGGCACUGGAGAAUAAAACCGUGGGGAAUAAAACUGUUUUCACAGAAAUUAUUAGGAAAGGGAGAAGAGAAAUGAAUAUAAUACAUUAAAAUGUCAAGUACAGUUUAUCCUCGAACAGCACGAAUGACGCGACCCUGCUCGGUUGAUACUGUGGCUGCAGGACCGCGGAUGCGGCACCGCGGAUGCGGAGGGCCGACUGUUAAGUUAUAAGCGAUUUCCAACUGAGUGGAGGGUCAGUGCCCCUAACCCUUGAGAUGUUCAAGAGUCAACUGUAGUGCUUGAAGGAUGACCUCGAGGAAGAAAGUGCUACUGAAGGUUAUCAUCCUGGGAGAUUCUGGAGUCGGUAAGACAUCACUCAUGAACCAGUAUGUGAACAAGAAAUUCAGUAAUCAGUACAAAGCCACAAUAGGAGCAGACUUCCUGACAAAGGAGGUGAUGGUGGAUGACAGACUAGUUACGAUGCAGAUCUGGGACACGGCCGGACAGGAGAGGUUCCAGUCUCUGGGUGUGGCCUUCUACAGAGGCGCAGACUGCUGCGUCCUGGUGUUUGACGUGACUGCCCCCAACACGUUCAAAACCCUUGACAGCUGGAGAGACGAAUUCCUCAUCCAGGCCAGUCCCCGGGAUCCUGAGAACUUCCCCUUCGUUGUUCUGGGAAACAAGAUUGACCUCGAAAACAGACAAGUGGCCACAAAGCGGGCACAGGCCUGGUGCUACAGCAAAAACAACAUUCCCUACUUCGAGACCAGUGCCAAGGAGGCCAUCAACGUGGAGCAGGCCUUCCAGACGAUUGCCCGGAACGCGCUGAAGCAGGAAACGGAGGUGGAGCUGUACAAUGAAUUCCCCGAGCCCAUCAAACUGGACAAGAACGACCGGGCCAAGGCCUCAGCAGAAAGCUGUAGCUGCUGAAGCGGCAGAGAGAGCAGAGCACAGAGUCCUUCGCGCACCAAGAACACAAGUAGGCCUUCCACCACGAGCCCCUCUCCCCUCCACACAGUCAGUCAUCUCUCACAUCCAGCUGCCAAAAGAACCCCCAGACACAGUCUCCCCUGCACACACACACCCGACAGCCCAGGCCUGUGCCGGCUCCAUCGGGGUCCCUGCGUCAGCCCUCAGAUGGCAGCAGGACGGGCCGGCUGUAGAAAUCGUUCCGGUUUGGAGUCGGCCUCGGAGACGACUUCUUUUUGUCCACUGGAGAGAGAGAACUGUUUACAGUCAACCUGUGUCUAAUUAGUUCUGGUUUUUUUAACUUGUCUUGUGGUCUUUUUACCCCCCCACCCCCGUGAAGGCUACCACUUGGGAAGGCGGGUGCCCUGCGCUUCAUUACAGGCUCACACCCAGUCUGAUCAGGCUGAGUUUUGUAUGUAUCUGUUAAUGCUUGUUACUUUUAACUAAUCAAAUCUUUUUACAGUAUCCAUUUAUUAUGUAAUGCUUCUUAGAAAAGAAUCUUAUAGUACAUGUUAAUAUAUGCAACCAAUUAAAAAUGUAUAAAUUAGUGUAAGAAAUUCUUGGAUUACGUGUUUAAGUCCUGAGAUGCAGGCGUAGAGAUGGAGGGUGAAGCCUGUCUGGAUCGCAGAGUGUUUAGCCACUCAGAUUUCAGAAAUCCAGCUGGAGGCAGUAUCCUGUACAGUAGACACGAGAAUCAUGUACGCCUUUUAAUCAAAGACUUAGGAGCCAAAAAGCUUUUCAUCUCUCCAGGGGGAAAACUGUCUAGUUCCCUUCUGUAUCUAAAUUUUUCCAAGAGGUUGAUUUGCAUAAUACCAUGGUGUGUGCAAUGGAGAAACGGCUGUUUCAGAAAUAUAAAACUAUCAUUUUUCUUUUUUUUCUCUGCUCCACACUUUGAAACUCCCUUAUUAGAUCAGCAUCCACGUACAAGAGAGAAAGGAAAAGGAAAAUCCUACCAGACCUGUCCUAGGGACUUUACCUUUGUUCUGGAAGGUGCUCCUUUCGGGGCUGUGGCAUCCUUAGGUGAGCAGACCUUCUCUCCUUCUUCCCAGUACAACCCGCCAUGCCUUCCCUGUGUCCUGGGUGUGGAGCCAGGCAGCUGUGCCCCCAGGACCUGCCCCGCAUUGUAGCUUGCUUCUCAGAGCACCUCCCUCUCUCCAGAGGCCUGCAUUCUAGGGUGUGGGCCAAGUUCUUCUGUAAAGAGAUGAACGUGAUGCCAAUAAAAUGUAACAAGAACAAAGAC